AGAGCUAAGGUACUACUACUAUUGGUUUAGUAUCAAAUUAGCAUAGAAAAACUAUUGUAUCAUAAUCAAAUGCUGUUAGGGCAAGGAUAGUUAGGCCUUUAAGACUCUUUGAAUUUUAUAAAUUUAAUAUGUUUACAAAUUGCUUUAUUCUGUUCAGUAUUUAUAUAAUAUAUAUAAAUAUUAUCUGAAGUUUAGUUUUUGUACCACGUUUCUGAAGUUUCGUUCAAAAAUUUCCCAUUGCCGGAAAAACUACGCAGUCCAGAGCUUUAUAAAAAUAUUUUUUAAGAAGGAAUUCAUUAUUAUAAUUAUCACAAAAAUAUUGUACAUCUCAAAAGAUAUAGAAUAUAAAGUUUAAAAAAAGGCCCUAAAAGAUGCUAAUUUUAACACUAUUUUUAUUUAAUAAAGAAGACCAAAAAAGUUAAAGCCGCGAAAACAAUAUUGUACACCUCAAAUAUAAUUACGAAAACGUUAAUAAAUCGAGUUGUCACCUUUUUUUGCAGAAAUUAUUUAUUAAACCCAGUACAUUUUGAAAAACAAUAAAAAAGGCUUACACUUUUUUUGUUAAUGUCUUCAAGUAUUGUAGUCUACAACAAACAGGAUUUCCCAUUAUUGAAACUAUUAAAUUGGUAUAACUGUUUACUAACCAAAUCCAAACUUUUCUUCUUUGAGUUAUUAAUUUAAAUUACAUUUUUGUUGAUCAAAAUUGUCCUCUAUCAAUAAUAUUUGUACUCAUGCACGGUUUCUUGUCCCUUCUUUAAUUUGGCAGUCAGAGUAUUAUUUAUUUAAUUUUAUACAAUUCUUGAAAGCUGACUGCCACUGUGUUUUUGAACACAAUUGCAGGCUAGUUGAAUGCCCUUAAUGUUCAGUACUCUACAUUUUCAUGUAAACGUAUGCCUUAGCUGGGUUCUCUUCCAUUCCAAUUGGAACCAGAUAUUUACACAUCGAUCGAUAGUUUAAGGCAGAAUCGAUCGACAGCAUUAAAGGGGAAUUCACGGCCAGGCAAAGCAGUAUUUUUAUUAAUUCCAAUCAGAAAGAGAUACAAAUAUUUAGUACGUUAGAUAUAAAAUAUAAAGGGCGAUAUAAAAAUAAAGAUAGGGCGGAUUUAACCAGAUUCAAGUUAGUCACCAGUUGGAGACGGAAGUCUAAUAAUGGCCGUCAGCAGGAGAAGCAAUUGGUCGGUCCAGUCACUGAACAUCACUUCGUACAACAUCAGGGGUCUGGAGGGGAAGCACCUGGACAGAGCAUUUUUAGAGUAUCUCGGUAACUUUGAUAUCUAUAUAUUACUCGAAACCCACACGCUCCCCGAAGCCCCAGCCACCGGAAUCUUCGAGGAACAGCAGCCCGACUUUGAGUUCCUGCAUUGGAAGGAUGCAACGAAGGUGUUCCGACGAGGCAGAGGAAUUGGUGGGUGUAUAGUGGGCAUCAGAAAGUCGCUUAGGGAGCUCGGAAUAACUCAUUCAGUUGCUGAAGCAAAUGGCUUAAAGGUUCUGCAGCUUCGCCUGGGGAGGAGGGAACUGAGCAUAGUUCCACUCUACAUCCAUACUGUGGGCUGGGACGCAGAGUUCGAGCCCGUAAGAAGGGCCUUUAAGAACAGUGAACUCUCGCUCGAGAACGCCAUUGUAAUGGGCGACGUGAAUGUGCGAAUCGGGGAACUUAAACAGGCAGUGGAGCCCUGUCCCUGUGUGGCCAACACAAACGGUCGACUUGCCAACGACAAAAAGAGGGAGAGAGGAGGCAGGUUUCUUUCCUUUUGCGCCCAAAACAAGCUCCAAAUCCUGAAUGGCCUGACCCACGGCGAUUCAGCAGGAAGCUACACCUAUUUCAGUGCUGUGGGCAACUCCACCAUCGACAUUGCCGCAGUAAGCCAGGGUCUCAUGGCGUCGGUGGUGGACUUCAAGGUGGACAAGCCAGAAGUGGGGCAAACCCGCCAUGGGUCCGACCAUUUGCCCAUAUGCCUACAGGUGGACCUUGACUUCCUGCGAAACUGUCAAGCCGCCAGGCGGCCCAGGAUUUUUCCACUCAGUCAGCCAACGAAUAACAAUGUCGUCUUAUUUGAUCCGAAUAUCGAAGUGACCGAUCCAACUUUGGACUGUAAUAUAAGAGCCGAGGAAGUAAUAUUUGUCCUCAGACACAGCUCUUGGCCUGAGUUAUCGAAAAACGCACUGAAAGACAUAAUUGACGGAAUAACACUGCAGUGCAAUGAUCUCUUCAACGAACCGAAUAGAAAGCAAAACCGUCGUUUCGAAUUUGUACUCACCAUCUGAUCUAGCAAAGAUACUACUCAACAUAGUGAGGAGGAGGCUGACCAGGUGGUGCAAGCAAAACCACAUCCUAAGUGAUUGUCAGAUUCGUUUUUCGGGAAAGUCCUCGAAGGUGGACUUUGUUUACAUUUUAAGUACUGCUGCAAAACUGAAGCUGGCCGAAAAGGGAACGAAAGUAUACUCGUAUUUUGUUCACUUCAAAUCGGUACUCCCAGAAAUGCCCAAAAAACUCUUGUGGACAAAACUUCAAAAGCUGGGAGUGUCGUCAAAAAUAGUAAACUAUUUAAGACUCAUGUACAAAAAGGCACAUUACCAAGACGAACUUCUCAAUUACUUUCGAAUCGGCGGUGGAGUUCUCUCGGAACUGAUGUUCACCCUUUAUUUAAACGAUCUUGCCGAGGAAUUAAAGGGAGAACCAGGACUUGUGAUCGAUAAUCGGCAGAUAAGCAUCCUAAUGUUUGCUGACAAAGUCGCCAUUCUUUCUGAAAGCACUAGAGCGCUUCAAGAUAUGAUCAAUCGGCUGGAAAAGUUCUGCAUCAAAUGGGGAAUGGCGGUGGACAUGGAAAAGUCGGAGGUAAUGGUGUUCAGACGGGGCGGUCAGAUUUCUGCAGCGGAAAAAUGGAUUAUCAGAGGAAAACAGAUCAAAACUACUUCCAAGGCCGCCUUUCUCGAUUUUGAGUUUACUUCCUCGCUCUCAAACAGAAAACAAGUGCUCAAAAUGAUUGCUGACGCCAAGAGUCGCCUGGAGGAUUUCAGCACCGACACUGAACCCUGGAUAAGAUUGAUGGAACGUUAUAUGGCUCAAAUUUGGGGAAGUGAGUUGUUUAAGGAGAUCGACAAGCUGCAGGAAAGUUAUGAAAGGAAAACUAGAAAUACCACUAUCUGCAAUAGUACCCAUCUUCAUAGUCUUGCCUUAGACCUCCAGCUGAAAUAUAUUGGAAGUAUAUAUUUUUCACGCAAUCAAAAUUCUGUGGCUCAGUUUCUCAACCUCAAAGUGAUAGAGAACAAUGUUCUGUGGGCACAGAAACUUAGUGCUUUUUGUGAGCCUUUCAAAUUGAAAUGGAAGAGAUUCCUCAACUCUGAACUAGAAUGGAGUAAUUUCUGCUCGAGUCUGCUCACCCGCCUGGAAAAACCUUGAGUCUCCACGCAUUUUUAAACAAGAGUUCUAGUUCAAAUUUUGUUCUACAUAUUUUUUAAGAAAUCGAAACUAUCUGUGGUAACUGCAGGCUUAUAUACCCCAGCAGAUGUAAGAGAAAUGUGUUAGUAAUACACUUUUUUUGUUUAGUUCCCGUUUUUAAAAUUUAUUUAAGUUUUUAAAAGACAACACAUACGAUUAGAGGGAAAAGGUUUUUAUCUAGAUAAAGUGUUUUAGUUCAGUAAAUAAAGACCGCUAUAUUGAUAAAUAUCAGUAAAUAGAGUUUACGCGUCUCUCUUUUAAAACAUCAAAGUCUGAACUUUUCUAUUAAGUUUUGACAUACAUAUGUACAAUGUUCAUCAUAUAUAAAUUCAAAUGUAUCUCCAACUGCGUUGUAAACUUUUAACUAAUAUUUAAAUAUACUUUGAAAGGGGACAAAAUAUUUUUUGUAUAUAAAAAAAUUGUAUAUAACUUUUAUAUGCAUUUAUGUCUGAUUUAAUAAAAAAAAGUAUUUAAUUCAUGCAGCCGUAAAGUUGUAAUUGUUGUAUUUAGACGAAAUAUGUCAAGACAGCGUAAUCCGCAUACUAAGCACUUAUAAGUAUAUAUUACUUUUAAAAGGAGCAUCGGAUUCGAACCUGUGUCAUUUGGCGCGUAUUUUAAACAAAACUGCCACCAGCAGUGCUGCCAAGUUUUGAUCAGAGAAAAGCAGUUUUUGACUUGAUAAAAGAAUAACAAAAAAGAAUUUUUUUUAAUAAUCCGAUUGUUCCCAUGGAAGCUAUAAGAUUUUAAUCAAAUUUAAACCGUAAUUCUAAAAUAAUAAACCUUUAUUAUGACCAACAAACAACAUUAAAAAACCGCAAAGUUAUACUUUUUUAAAUUUGUUUCCCGAUAUAUAUGAUAUAUGAUAUAGUCGUCUGAUUCGGCUCGUUCCGACUAUUUUACUACCUACAACAUGAAGACAACUUUUGGGAAAGUUUCAUGCAGAUAUGUAGUUUUAAAACUUAGAGACUGAUGCUGAUCAAACUGAAAUUACAAUACCUCCUGCAAUAUAUGUGUAUAUAUAUAAGUGAGUAAACUCAAGUUUAAAGAAAGUAAGGGUUUUAGCAUUGUCUAGUGUCGCCACAGGCGGCAGUUUCCUCAGCUGCCCAAAGUUUGUUUUUAAACUUAAGUAUAAAUCUUUCAGAACCUGGGAAUGUGCUUUUCCUAACACAUGUAAAAACAGUAGUGGUCCCGCUUAAAUCACGUUUUGAAAAGCGGGUUGAUCAGAAUUCAGAAAAGUUGUAUUCUUCACCUUACCUUACCUUACAUGCGAAAAAAUAUUAUUUCGACAAAACCCUUUUUGCAGUGCAUAUAAUAAAUUUAAAAAAUUCGAGUUUUUGGAACUGCGAGACCACCUUAAUCGUAAGCUGUGGAUUGUUAUUCUGUUGCAAGAAUCAAAUUACUGCACUUUAUCCUCAGCAUAUAGCAACAUAAUUUCAAACAUUUUUCAAAAAAUAGGCCGGUCCAAUUAAUGGGCUAACACCAAGGUCACACUUUAAGCUACCCUUAAUAAGGUUCUGGAAAAACUUAAUUCGGUUUGCUGAAACUAAACUGUUUGAAGCAGACUUUUGGUACUCAGACUUAUGCCCCGCAAUCUAGGACACACUAUUUCGUCCAUUUAUUUUUAAAUGACUCAGUAUGGAACUAAAACCAAGAAAAAAUACAUUUUGUUAAUUUGCAUUACACUCGCAUGUCCCUAUCUGAACUAUUACAAAACUGUCUGAAAACAAUUUUUUCUCCACCACAACUAAAGCAAAUGAAUGGACGGUAAAGUUGAAAGAGCCGGGAUUGUUUGACUAUGCUUAAAUGACAAAAUAUAAACUGUAUGUCGUUAAUAAAGUUCAUAAAAACUCCAUGAUCGUACCGAAACUAAACACAAAAUACAAAGAUUGGACUAUUCGAA